UGGUCUACAGAGUGAACGUAGAUUUCUAGGUGAAAGGCUGCUGGGAGUCUCGAACAGAAAAGGACCUGAUUGUGAAGAGGCUGGGCGGAAGGAAGUGCCGCUGCUGCUCACUGCUGCUGGCGGAGGACUGGACGCUGUCAGGCCGAACAAACGCACCGAUCUGACGGAGAGAAAUUGCAGCAGCAUCCUUUGUUUUCUCACUCCGAAGCUGAGUGACUGUGACUCCCACUGACAACCUGCAGCACCUAGAGGCCAAAUACACAGGCAGCAAUAAAGCAGAGGGUUUAAGAGAAUCAAUGAGCAGAGCCAAAGCAAGCCUCCAAACUGAUGCUUAUCAGGCUGAAGGGAGAGCUGGUCUCAGUGGAGAGGCAGUAGGUUGUUGAUUUUCUAACAGCCUCUGUUGUCCCCAGGCUGAAAGGGAUCUCUUAUCCACACCACACUGCUGUCACACGUCUUGAGUUUCACUUUACUGUCACUGCAUUCUUUUGCCUCCUUUCCAUUGUUCUGUUGCCCAACCUAAAUGAUUGAAGCUCUAUCCAAAGAGCUAACAGAGAUUAGAGAACAGAGAUCAUCCUUUCAAUCCGUUUAUGUGACUAUAGUAUUCUCCCACCACUCCUCUUCAGUAACUCUUGCCUUCUCUCAGAAGCGAUGUGCAGGGUGAGGGGGUUUGCCUGCUUUUAGACUUUUUUUCUUGCCUCCACCUUGUGUCUUCAUGUUUUGGGGGUUCCUUAGUGACCCCACCCUCUGUCAACCACCCCGCACCUAUUGCCACCACGGCCGGCCACCCCAAUCGCCUUGUUGCCAUGCCGACAGAGACAUUGGCUCCUCCCCUGCCAGGUAGCAAGUCUGCUGGCCCCACCACGCCCUUCAGUUCCACUGUACCUCUUCGCAUCCUCAACAAGGGCCCUGAGUACUUCAGAAGGCAGGCGGAACCAAACCCAAACCGCCUGAGUGCAGUUGAGAGACUAGAAGCUGACAAAGCAAAGUAUGUCAAGAGUCAGGAGGUCAUCAACGCCAAGCAAGAACCAGUCAAACCGCCUGUCCUGGCCAAGCCCACCGUUGACCCUUCCAUCCUGCCAAAGAAAAGCCCUGGGAUUGGUGGAGGAGGGAACGGAGCCGGGAUCCCUUUCAAAGCAUCCAAUAACAACGCAAAGUCAGACACAUGUGCGUCCAGCUGUGGCAGCGGCAAACGGGAGAAUUUAAAUCUGGAGAUCUUAAAAAAUCUGCUGAACUCAUCUUCAUCCUCAGCAGCAGGUUCUGAAGGACUGUCAGGUGGAGCUAAAAGUGCCGUUCUCAUGAGGUCAUCAGUCAGAAUGGCCCGAAGCUGGACACCGUUGGGGAUGCCACUAACAUACAGAUCCACCAUGACCCUUAAUGAGCAACCUUCAGACUCAGCUCCCAGUCCGAGCACCUCGCAUUCUCUCAGAUCCUUCUCUCACUCCUUAAAGGUCCCCCCAGUGGCCAGCGGGGGGCGUCGCACUCCACAACAAGCAGGAAACCUGAACCUUAGCAGACGAGUCCAAGAUGAAAGAGGAUGUGAAGGAGGAGUUGUCCAGCGUUCUCAUUCCCCACUGCCACCUCUCCUGACCUCCCACUCAUCAUCUGACCUCCUGCGACUGUGCAACGGUAAACCGCUGCGCACCACUCAGUCUAGCAGCUCUUCAGCUCCACCCCGCCCUCCCAAACCAAAGCCCACCUCUCUCCCUCCUGCACUAUCCUUGUCACUGCCACGUGCGCGCCCGCCAAUGUCCCCUACGCUCUGCGACAACACAACUCCACAGUCUUUGCCAUGUGACUUUGGAGACCCUGUUAGUGCAUCAGCUGAGUUGAACAUUGAUCUGGAGCAGGGUUCAAACGUGACUCGUCGUUCGUCGCUGCACAGAUCCAAAUCGGACCUGUCGGAUCGGUAUGCCCGGGCCGGAGCGGAUGUGGAACGCUUUUUUAAUUAUUGCGGCCUUGACCCUGAGGAGUUGGAGGCAGUGGGUCCCGAGAACUUUGCACGGGCCAACUCGGACAUUGUCAGCCUGAACUUUCGAUCAGCUUCUAUGAUCUCCUCCGAUUGUGACCAGUCACAGCGAUCUUCCAAUGACGGAAUAUCAGAAGAGGAUGAGGGGGAGGAAGAGGAAGAGGCCGGCGAGCGCGUCCCCUAUGGCAUCUCAGCUGUGGAGCGAAAUGCAAGGGUUAUUAAAUGGCUGUAUAGCAUUAAACAAGCAAGAGAAACACAAAAGGUUUCCCAUGUUUAGAUUAGGUGAACCAUUCAUGUGGACUAUGGAUAAUCUCUCCUAUGGCUCCAAACUUGUAAGGUCAUUUCUAGCCGGAUUUAAAGGCUGAAGAAGAAGAAAAUUAUUUUAGUUUUAAGAAUGAAGGACUGAAGAGGUGGUCUAAGAGUUCAUAUCAAACAAACAAGAGGUAUGAAGAGAAUACUCCAAAAUAUUGAAGAAGGUGAACAAAACCAAACAUGGACAGAUGUAGCGAUAAAGACGGUCAUUUUCUGUUUCUCUCAGAAAGCCUGACUGACAUCUCAGUUGGACCACAACCAAAAGCAUGAUACAGUGAGGUAGAGAAUGGAUCCACUCUGUCAGAAGUGUUCAGCACACUUCAGCCCAUCAUACAUUAGUGUGACUGACAUUCCAACAAAGUGCAGCCCUUUAUUCCCAAUCUGUUUGGCCAAUUUAGCUUUCUGUCAGUGUUCCACACUUUCCACACUUAGAAAUGGUCUUCAGUCUGAAACAUCAAACUGGAAACAGCAGAUAUCAGUAUUGAUGGUUGUAUUGGUGCCCGGAGAAGCAGUUGUUAAUUGUACCAAUAAAUUUUUUCCCUAACA